UUCCCCCCUCCUUUCGGCCCCCUCAGCUGAUCGUCGCGGGAUUUCAGUUAGAGUGUGGGUUAGGGACUUGUGGGCGGGGCGAGAGGAAGAAUGACUGUUCUCUUCGCGGUUCUUGAUCCGGAACUUGUUGUCAAGGAACCCCGGAAGGGGUAACUCGCGCGAGAGAAGCGAGUUCGUUACCCAGAAGUGAAGAACGCAAAGCCGCAACUGAGGUGGAGGAGAGGUUCUCUAGAUGCUCUCCAAACCCUUGGUUAUGGAAUAUUUGACUAAUCCUGGUGCACUCAGCUUGGCUGCCGGCGUUGCUUGUGGCAUGUGCCUGGGCUGGAGACUCCGAGUACGCUUUGGAAUGAUCCCCAAGAGCUCGGUGAGCGAGACAGACACUGACACCAGAACAGAAGCAAGCAUCUUAGGAGAGGGUGGGGAGUACAAAAUGAUUCUUGUGGUUCGAAGUGACUUAAAGAUGGGAAAAGGGAAAGUGGCUGCCCAGUGCUCUCAUGCUGCUGUUUCUGCCUACAAGCAAAUUCAAAGGAGAAACCCUGAAUUACUCAAACAAUGGGAAUACUGUGGCCAGCCCAAAGUGGUGGUCAGAGCUCCUGAUGAAGAAACUCUAGUUGAAUUAUUGACCCAUGCAAAAAUGCUGGGACUGACAGUAAGUUUAAUCCAAGAUGCAGGACGUACUCAGAUUGCACCAGGCUCUCGAACUGUUCUAGGAAUUGGGCCAGGACCAGUAGACCUAAUUGACAAGGUCACUGGCCACCUAAAACUUUACUAGGUGGAAUAUUGUAUGAUGAUGGUCAUCCCACCACCACAAGGGUUUGAAACUGUCAAAUUCUAACAAUAAAAGCUGAAUUUCUUCCCCCAACUUAUGUAUUCUUGAGAUGAAAAUCCAUUCCUGUGUUC